UGUGGCGUAUGAGUACAGUAGCAGAGGAGGGUGCGCACAGACAGGAUUACCAUCAGCGAAGGAGGCAGCGGAGGACAGGAAAGGAUUGAAGGAGAGACACGGCGGGGAUGAAACGAUGAAUAAGCGAUGAAGGAGUAACUAGAGGAAACUAUUCAAAGAAAGGAAGAAUUAAAGAAGUUGUCACACACCUUAUGAACUUAAGGACGUUGGAGCUUUGCCCCGCAGAGUGAGAGCGAACUAAAAGUACAAGCAAAAGAAAGGAAACAACUGAUCAUUUGCAAGGGGUCUCUUCAGUGGCCUGAACACCACCUGCUGUGAAGAGACCAGAUGUUUGGGAGUAGGACACAGUUUGGCCUCCCACUGUGGCCCUCUACCUGUGAUCACUGGUGCCAUGGGAACAAGUAGAGCCAACAGGUACAGCAUUGUGUCUGAUACUUUACCAGAGGAAGAAAGGCAAAAGAUUUCUAGCUUAGGACUCCAUAACGGCCACAGUUCACCCAGAUUCAGACUGCACUUGGCCUGCACCUCAGAAGGAGAAGACAGGAGGAGGUCAGGAACCUCCGCUAUCGUGCCCAGCACGACGGAGCAAGGAGUGAUGAACAACUACAACGGAAAGGUUCUGACAAGGGGCUCCAACCAAGUACGGAGCCGAUUUGUGAAGAAAAAUGGACAAUGUAACGUUGUGUUCACCAACAUGGAAGAAAAGGGGCAGCGCUUUCUAGCUGACAUCUUCACCACCUGUGUGGACAUCCGCUGGAGAUACCUGUUGGCUGUAUUCUGCACCAGCUUUCUUGUCUCCUGGCUGUUUUUUGGUUUAAUCUUUUACACUGUUGCCCUGGCACAUGGGGACUUUGAAGAGCACCCUACACUGAAGGGUGAUGGACUGACACCUGGAGGUCUGCACGGAGCCACAUCUGGACAUACAACUGGAGAGCAAGCACAAAGGAUGCCCUGCAUACUUCAUGUUCAGGGGUUUAUUGGGGCGCUCCUGUUCUCCAUGGAGACCCAAACUACUAUCGGUUACGGAUGGCGCUGUGUUACCGAGGAGUGCCCUGUUGCUGUAAUAACAGUGGUGAUACAGUCCAUAGUAGGCUGCAUCAUUGACUCUUUCAUGAUUGGCACCAUUAUGGCCAAGAUGGCUCGGCCAAAGAAGAGGAACCAGACCCUCAUGUUCUCCAAAAAUGCUGUCAUUGCGCUGCGUGAUGGCAAGCUGUGCCUCAUGUGGAGGGUGGGGAACCUGCGGAAGAGCCACAUUGUGGAGGCUCACGUCCGUGCCCAGCUCAUACGUUCGUAUGUCACAGCUGAGGGCGAAUUCAUCCCUUUAGAGCAGAUGGACCUCAAUGUGGGCUAUGAUGAGGGCACAGACAGGCUGUUUCUAGUAUCUCCACUGGUUAUAGUCCACGAGAUAGACAAAGAUAGCCCCUUGUAUACUCUGAGCCGAGCUGAUCUGGAGGCAGAUGACUUUGAGGUCGUUGUGAUCCUGGAAGGAAUGGUGGAGGCCACAGCCAUGACCACCCAGUUCCGUAGCUCCUACCUUUCCAGAGAGAUCUUCUGGGGCCACAGGUUUGAGCCUGUGAUCUACGAGGACCGCGACCGCUACAAGGUAGACUACGCACGCUUUCACAAGACAUACGAGGUGCCAUCAAUGCCCCAUCUCAGCGCCAAAGAGCUGGAUGAAGCUGCGAGCAAGGCUUCUUCCGCUGCUUCUCCUGCGUCUGCAUGCAGAGCCACAAAAGACUUGAUCCCCAUGUCACUUAACGCUUUCUGCUAUGAGAACGAGGUGGCAUUGAGCUGUGGGGAGGAAGAGGAUGAUAUAUUUGACUCUUCUCAGAUUGUAGGGAAGGAGAGGGCAGAGGAGAGAAGGACUUCAGUUUCUGUUGACUUCCAAAAUAUGUUCCACGACAACUCGACCGUGACUUCAGGCAGUCACAAUGUCAUGUGUGUUCUUGACAUGGACAAUAACCAGAUGGAGUUUGAUAUCUUACAGACUGCAAUUCCUCUUGAUCCAGUGACCUAUAAGAGCGAGCAAGAGAUUCAGUGAGAAGGGGGAGGGUAUGGUCUCCCAUGCUCCUCCUGUUUCUGGACCUGUUUUCUGCAUGUCCCAUACCCCUUUUGCCUUUCCAGUGUUAUUUUAUAUUCACAUUCAGUGGCUCAAAAGUACGAAAUGUUUCCUAAAUAGUUUUGUGAUGGAAUUUCUUAGAGCUUUUGUCAAAGGUUCUUUGUGCAGAAUAAGUCUGGCUUUUUUUAUUUUGGCUCCCGACAGGAUUUUGGCUCUUUUAUUAUGAUUUGACAAAGGAAAGCACAGUGGCAGAAAAGCCCACAAACUUGGACUAAGAAAUGUAUAUUUUGCAUAAUUAAAAUGUUCUUUAUCUUAACUUAAUUUCUAUGUGAACAUAAACAAUAUAUUUUAUGAAAGAAAUAGCAAUUCUGAUUUGAAUUCUCUUUAUGAAGAGAACCGAAGUUCUUCAAGUUUUAUGCUCGAUAAACUUCAGCUGGUUCGUGGAUCAUCAUGCUGGCAAUAGUUUCCCACAUUGUCUUUUAUAUUCCCAUUUGUAUUGAAGCUUGUUUCUACUGCUGAAAGAAGUCAGAAUAUUUGACUUACAAAUGUACAUUGAAAUGGAAAAUAUUUGUGCGCUGCAAAUGUUGAAAUUUACAGGAGAGAAUCUUCUAUAUAAACGUUCAUUCAAGUAUAUUUCCUAAAACUGCCCUAUAAUAAGUUAUUUAGCAUACAUUAUUGAUAAACUUUUUGAUUUUGUACAGUAGCAAAAAAAAUUCUAAGUGCAAUCACUAAGUGUAACAAAAGAUGUUUCCUGAAGAACGUAAUAAAGUUUCCUUAAGAUAAACUUAGAGGGAUGUCACUGGAUUUAAAAUCUAAUGUUUAAAACAUAGUUUUGAGCUUAAAGUUGAUUUGUUAAAAUGCUUAAUUUUAUUAGUGUAUCAAGACUAAAAUAACUUUAUUAAGUUAGGAUAAUGAUUAAAAAGCAGAGUACACUAUAAAAAAUUGUGUAAAAAAAAGAAGAAGGGGAAAAUGUCCUGGUAAUUUUCUGCCAUUACAUUUUUAAUGGAGGUUUGCGUAUUUGGUAACUGGUAAAAUUAUUGUGUGAUUAAAAAAUACAGGAAAAAAUCCUUAAAAAGUUCAUAUGGAAAAUGAUUUCAUUUUAAACCAGCACAUUUCACUGUAUUUUUACAGAUUUUGUUUUUACUGUGCAGAUUUCUUGAUCGCUCCUUCUGAGGAUUUCUUUCUUGGUUUGUUUCUUGCGGAGGUUGCAGGCUGUGAUUACAGAAUCAAUACUGAGAAUCGGCUUCAAAACACAUUUGCUCUGUUACUGUCCGCCAAAGAAAGGUGUGGUGUUGGAUAACAGUGGCCCGUGUACAGUACUUGCGUCUAUGAUAGUAGGAAGCACAACAGGAAACAAAGGGACGGAGGCUGUUUGUGCAGUCUCAGGAAGUGCAAUAAGUAUUUGGAUGUGGGUGGACGGGAUUAUUACUGAUGUCUUAUGAAUUGUUGCAGACAAAGUUGACAUGAUGAUUGUAUGAUAGAUGACAUGAGAAAUAAGUUUCCAAUAUUUACUGGGAAAGCAUGCUGAGAGAGCCAAAUGAUAUGAUAGAUGAUAAAAGUUUACCAUGGAAAAUACUAAAAUACCUGUAAAUAAACAUUAUUUACUUUACUGAUUGUAUCGUCAAAUAUUUCCCAUCAAUUAGUUUCAGACUGAGGCCUGAACAAAUAUUUGUAAUAUGUUUACCCCGUGGCUUUUACAUGCAGUAAUCAGACUGUACCGACUACAAUAUUCAGUCUGAUGGUUUUUAUUUUAUUUUAUUUUAUCUUAUUGUUUUGUUUUGUUUAUUGAGACUUUUAUGAGUUUAAUUUUUUUUUUUUUUGCUGACUGCUAGCAGGCGUGUUUGUUUUGUAUUAAUGUGAAUGUGUGGGAGAGAGACUGGAUGUAGAAACGAUGUGCAUCUGAGCAACAAACAGUAAAUAGUUUUAGUUUUCAUAAUGUUUUAUUGUCAAAAUUCUCAAUCCAGAUAACUAGGAUUAUACAAAGCAUAUGUAAAGCAACUCAACUGACAAACAUACACUGCCAGCCAAAGUAAAAUACUUACUAUGGUUUAAUGAAUUCAACACUGCAGGAUGACAAAAUAAAAAAUACAAACAUAACUGACUUUUAAAUAACUUACACUUUGAUGUGCAUAUCAGUUUCACGUUUAUCAUCAUGUUUAUUCAUAUUUAUAAAUGUUUUUGACAGUACAGUGCAAGUUUUGGUGUAAAUGUUUUUUUGUUUGCCCUGGUACAUCUUGUAAAUAAGACUGAAAUUACUGUAUCCAUAAUAAUUUUCUCAAACAUUCAUAUGAAAUGCAUAUUUAACACACUUAAAUUCAAAUUUUACAAUUGUGUGAAUUUGAUUUGACAAGGACACCUUAAAAUACGGAGGACCAAAACAUUACUUAAUUAAAUUAACAUAUUAAAUGAAAAUGUGCCUGAUUUGGCACAUUUGAUGGCAUAUUCAUUUAGUUACUGAAAGCAGGUGAGCCACCGAGAUGCAAUAAACAAGUAAAAUUGGAGUUCUGGACUUCUGAUUCUGACUUUUUUUUAGUGUGGUUGUUCGUGUAAUUUCUGAAAUUUUACUUUAUAUUUAUUUAUUGAGACAUAUACAUUGUUGGUUUUGGUUCUCCAUAUUUAAAUGUCAUCAGAUUCUGAUUAAAAUGUUGUUAACUUUCUAUACUUGUGUACAGAUUAUUUUGACAUGAACAUGGGCAAAAAAAAUACAAUUUUAAGUUACUCUGAAAUUCUUAAGUUAUUUUAAAAAUAAAAAAGUGAAAACACAUUUUUCACAAGGUUUUGACUGGCAGUGUAUAAAAGUCUUUAUGCAAUGUCAGUUCUGGAUUGUGUAAUACUUGACAAGAAUGGGUGUUAACUUAACAAGUAAGUGUUUUGUAUCCUUUGCUAUAAAGUCUUCCUGCUUUGUAGAAAUCAAAUGAUUUUCCAUUCCUUCCUUGGGGAUUAACACACGCACUGAGCAAACUACUGUCAGACUGAAAUAAGCUGAAAAGAUUUAAAAACAAAAAACAAAAAAACAAAAAACCCUGAAGUACAAAGCACUUUAUUCUUUCUUGUACAAUUUUUGAUGUUGCAAAUAAAUAUUUCUGUAAUUAUGUCUGUAA